AGAGGGAGAGAGAGAGAGAGAGAGAGUCAAGAAGGAGAGGAGGAAGAGGGGGCCGAGGAGGAGAGAAAAACGCGCUGAAAGAAGCCUGACAUAGUUUUGUAGGUAAAGAUGUGAGGAAGCCCAAGAGUUGCUCGCCCCGGCAUGGAACUCUGGAUUACAGCUCCGACACUCCUCGGAUGUGUGACUAAGUCUGGAGGAGAGUCGCGGGAAUGAGUGGAUUCUACGGCUUUUUAUUCUGUCAUAACAUGGGAAAUAACUGCCAAGAUUGUCGCUGUAGUCUGAAGCUCUCCGUGGGUGUGCGUGGGAUGUCGAGUCAGGGCUAGAGCCCGUCCCUCUCCCAUGAGCCUGUGUGCCGGCACACACACCUGGCGCCAACACGCACACACCCGGCGCCCACACACUCACUGUCGGCACUGAGGCUGCGAAUCCCAACGGAGCAAAGCGGAGUGGAGCCUAGCCCAGUUGGAGCCUGAGGAUGUCAACAGAGACAGAGUUGCAGCCAGCGGUCAGGCCCAGCAGUGUAAGACGGGACUCCAGGAGAAAAGGGCAGGAUCGCAGCGAGGCCACUCUCAUCAGACGUUUUCGCGGUGAUGGCGUCCGAUACAAGGCCAAGCUCAUUGGCCUGGACGAGGUCACAGCAGCCCGGGGAGAUAAACUCUGCCAGGACUCGAUGAUGAAGCUCAAGGGUAUAGCUGCAGCGGCGCGCUCGAAAGGCGACCACAAGCAGAAGGUGUUUCUCACCGUUUCUUUUGGUGGGAUCAAGAUCUUUGACGAGAAGACGGGGGUCCUUCAACAUCACCAUGCGGUCCAUGAGAUUUCCUACAUCGCCAAGGACAUCACGGACCACAGAGCCUUCGGCUACGUCUGUGGAAAGGAAGGGAAUCAUCGCUUUGUGGCGAUCAAGACGGCUCAGUCGGCGGAGCCGGUGAUUCUAGAUCUGCGGGACUUGUUCCAGCUCAUUUAUGAGAUCAAGCAGAAAGAGGAAAUGGAGAAAAAGGCCCAGAAAGACAAGCAGUGCGAGCAGGCCGUCUACCAGACAAUACUGGAGGAGGACUUGGAGGACCCCGUGUAUCAGAGUGAUCAUAGAAACAACCUUCAUCAUCAUCAUCAUCAUCAUCCUUCUCAUCACGACCAUCAUCAUCAUCAUCAACAACAACAACAACAGCAGCAACAACAACAACAACAACAAACUCCCCAUCAAGAAACACCCACAGUGAAUCUGAUAGACUUAGGCGUGGACAGUUUACCGCAGAAUUUAAACCAGUUAGAGAUUUUUGGAGACAUGUCCACGCCGCCUGACAUCACCUCACCGUCUACCCCAGCGUCUCCUGCAAACACCCUCGACCCAUCGCUGGGUCUGCAGCCACCCACUGAGCUGUUUGCUCCCUUCAAUCCAGCGUCUGUGCCCUCAGGUUAUGUGACGAUGGGAGCGGUACCACCCGGACACUGGUCCCAGCAAGCGUUCACAGCUCAAACACCACUGGCCUUUGGGGUCCAGUCUCCUCUGGGUCCGGUAGCCCAAGUCCUGCCUGGCGGUCAGCCGCUCAUCUGGGGUCAGGCCAACAUUUUCCCAGCGACCCAGCAGCAGUGGGCCGCCAUGGCGGCCGGAGCCUUCCCCCCGACAGCCUACCUCCCUGCCCAGCCCAUGGGCAGCCUGCCAGCCGCCAUGUUCCAGACCCUCACCACUGUGGCAACGGUGACGCCGGCUGGUGAGACACAUUCAGGUGCCGGAGCUGCAGGUCCCUCUCCUUCAGCGUCGUCAAGUCCGCAGCACAGCGAUCGUGCAAAACAGAUGGGCAAGGAGAUGUUCAAGGACUUUCAGCUAGCGAAGCCUCCGGCGAUGCCAUCGAAGAAGAGUGAGCAACCAAGUUUAGCGGGCACGUCAGAUGCGUUCAGCUCGUACUUCAACCGGGUGGGCACGGCCCAGGACACGGAUGACUGUGAUGAUUUUGACAUCUCCCAAAUGAACCUGACUCCUGUAACGUCCACGACGCCGUCCACAAACUCCCCACCCACCCCGGCUCCUCGACAGAGCUCGCCCUCCAAGUCCUCUGCCUCGCACGUCAGUGACCCACCCACCGACGCCACAGAUCCCCCGACAGACGACUCGUUCGGAGAGGCGGAGGGCAGCCCGAGUCGCAGCGGGGAGGAAGAUGCUGCUUGUGUGUCUGGUUCUCCCUGCCCCAGUGAGGCAGCGGAGCCCAGCCCAGACCAGGCCAGUCCCGAGGCUGGGAGCUAGAAUGCAGCAGGGCGGGAAGGAGAAGGACCCACUGUACGCCAAGAUCAACAAAGGGAAGAAAUAGAGGUCCGGCCAGCACUGAGAGACCUGGAGGAGAUCCCCCUUCCCUCGCCGCCUGUGUGUGUCUGUUUGUGCCGAACCCUCCGCCACAUCCUCCCGUGCUUCUUCUCGACAGAGGAUCAAACUCUUUGGUCAGGAGGGAUGUCAGUCACCAAAACGGAUCCAGAGCUCCCUCCACUUGUGCCCCUCCUCUCUUCCAGCCUUAUAGAGCUGCACCUCCUCCUGUCUCCCUCUACCUCCCUCCUUCUCUCUGCGCUGCUUCUCUGCCUCGUGAGUCCGGCCAAAGACUGUGCUGCCAAGUAGGGACUGAAUCAAGCAGUGCCUCCUCGUCUUUGACACCCACACACUCAUAUACGCGCUCGAUGGACAGAGCCGACGGGAUCCAGCACCUGGAGCCAGACUUGUGUCAGGUUCUGCUGGGAUUGUUGAUUGGUUCAUUCUCGUGAGUGUCUGCUGGAAUACUAUGCAGAAUCAGACUCUCUUGGAGCUCCUCACACACACACACACACACACACACACGUACCUUCGCCACACACAUUCCCUACUACAGUUGCCAUAAGUCUCUCCUUGCUUGCAGACUUAUGAGGACCGGACAAACAAAAGACCCGGAGCAGGACGCAGGAUUGAGUGAUCGAACUCUUCAUUCUCAAUAGCUUUUGUACAAUACUGAUUUCGACGAGAACAAAAUGAGAAAAAAAAACAAUGUAAUUUUUAUUUUCUAACUCAAUCGAGCCUCUGGGGUCAGCUGUCCAGGCUUUAAGGCAUCUGGUCGAUGGUUUGCCAAUCAUUUUGUAAAUAAAGAUAACAACUAGCAGUUUGUCCACUGGACCUCUGUGCCAUAAAAUAGGAACUUUGCUUCAGUUAUGCAAACUCUCGACAUGAACCCAAGCAAUAGCCACAUCCGUGUUUCCUCCUCCGUUUGUCUCCUCCAACUGUCAUCUGUUUCUUCUCGUGCAUGAACGUUGUUGGUCUUUGUCUUCAUCGCAGGUCUUCUGUCUUCAGUUUCUAUCUCGCUUUAUUCCACAGAAACAUCUAUGUUUUGAGCGGAGCCCAGUCAAAACAUUUUCCAUUCACUCGGUUUGUUUUUCAUCCAUGCAUUCAUCCUAGUCAGCAAUAGUUGAAACAGUUUCCGGUGGUGCUCUCGGCUGAAUGAUGAUGAUGGUCAUCAUUCUUGUGGACAGAUGAGCAAGAGGGAUCUCAUUUCUUGAGGCUGUCUCUGGGGGACUUCAAGUAUUAAGCUCCCAAGUGAGAGAAGCCAGUUAAGGCGGCAGAUUUUCAUGUUAGAAUGUCCCCUCAACAUCGCCGUGGAAGGAGGUCUCAGCAGAACGAUCGUGAAUCUCAGUUGCUCUGGAGACGCCUUGGUACUUCCCAGGAAGAGCUGGAGGAACCAGUGUUGACCUACUCCCUCUCACUGAGGGUCACCACUUUGGUCUCUUAAAUUGGUCAGCAUCACAGCAUCAAGUGUUCAAUGAGAUUCAUGACCCGAAACUUCUCCAGCUACAACAUCUUGUCACCAUUGUUGUUGAGGAAUUUAAUAAUGGAGUUAAUACACAUGCAGGAACGACCACACUCAGAUGCUCUGACCUUGUUUUGUCUCCAAACUCAUUUGAUUCAAACCUCUGAUAAAGACUACUGGUGGAAGAACUCGAAUUGUCGUGUAUUAUUGGAUUUUUAGUAAUUGGUGGGAAGUAUUGCUGGUACUUUUUAUCAGGGCCUUGUUCACAACCAUGCUGUUCCGCAAAAAAUGUUUAAAGCAUAAAGAGGAAAAGCUGAAGCAGAAUAUCAAAGGGUUCCAAUUUUGAUGUUAUCAUGAGAGGCAGUCGACAAGCAGUGAUGGCCUCUUGUUUUUUUUUUUCAUUCAUGAAGAAAGCCUUAUUCACUGAUACCAGAUUCUUCAAACCUAUUUUCAAAAACAAAUCAUGGGAAUAUUUUAGGAAAUUCUUAUAAAUAAUAGACUCACUGACUCCGAUUUUCUUCUUGUCUCAUCAAAAUGUGCAAGUGGUGAUGUGUACCACCAGUAAACUCUGCAGACAAAAAACAUGUUUAGUUUACUCUGGUUUGAUGUCUCAUUUUCUGCUGAAGUCCGAUCAAGUUCCUUCCUCCAUCUCAAGUCAAGCGUCUCUCUUUCCAAAGUCACCUCAGAUGAUUGUGUCAGAACUUCAGUGUCUCUCCGUCAGGUGCCAACAACUGUAGUGCAUCAUCUACCGUGACCCCAGUGAUUCCCUAUUUUAUGGCCAGAGUCCUCCAACUCACCAUGUAGGACAAGCAUUAACCGUGAGAAGUCACACUUAGAGGAAGGUCUUUGUUUUGUUUUUUUCUUGUUUUGUUUUUUUUAAAGGGAAACUGUUUGAGUACAUAACAUUUCUAUUUUAACUUUACCUCAGCUAAGGAGUUUCUUAAUGUAAAAUUGACCCAUUAUUUUUAAAAUCUACAGUGAGUUUUUAGACGAUUUCUUUUGUUCCGUUGAUUCCACCAUGUAUUACUGUUACAAAUAAACACA